GGCCCGGCGGCCCCAGGGGCGGUGGCAGCCCAGCAGGCGUCUCGCGGGGCCUCUUUGCUUCCACACUCGUCUCAGAGGACCCAAAAGGAAGGAUGUCGUCGGGGCUUAAGGCCGAGCUGGAGUUCCUAGCGUCCAUCUUCGACCAGGACCACGAGCGGCUGCGCAUCGUGAGCUGGCAGCUGGAUGAGCUGCAGUGUCAGUUCCUGGUGCCGCCGGCGCCCGCGGGCAGCCCGCCCUCGCCGCCGCUCACCCUGCACUGCUCCAUCACCGAGUCCUACCCAUCUUCGCCGCCGAUAUGGUUCGUGGACUCUGACGAUCCAGAUCUCACAUCGAUCCUGGAACGACUGGAAGAUUCGAAGCCCAACAGUUCGCUUCGUCAGCAGCUCAAGUGGCUGAUCUGUGAACUCUGCAGCUUAUAUAACCUGCCUGAGCACCUGGAUAUGGAGAUGCUGGACCAGCCGGUCCCCAUGGCUCAGAAGGCGACCAUCGAAGAGGUGCCUUCAGAAGAUGAAGGUGAAGAUGCAGCUGACGGGGUGGAAGACUUGGACCAUUAUGAGCUGAAAGAAGGAGGAGGAGGAGGAGGAGGAGGAGGAGGAGAAGAAGAAGAAGAAGAAGAGGCUAGUAGCGAGAAAAAGUCAGAGGAUGAAGGGCUUGAGAAAGAGCAUUUGGCAAUAUUAGAGAAUAUCAAGAAGAGCCAAAGGCAAGAGCAUUUGAAUGGUACCGUGUCUGGCUCGGUGCAUGCUUCAAACAGACUUAUGAAAGAACUCAGAGAUAUAUACAGAUCGCAGAGCUACAAAUCGGGGACUUAUUCCGUGGAACUGAUAAACGACAGCUUAUAUGACUGGCACGUUAAACUGAGGAAGGUUGACCCCGAUAGUCCCUUGUACGGUGACCUUCAGCUCUUGAAUGAAAAAGAAGGCAUUGACUAUAUUUUGCUUAACUUCUCUUUCAAAGAUAACUUUCCGUUUGAUCCUCCAUUUGUUCGCGUCGAGUUGCCUAUUCUCUCUGGAGGGUAUGUUUUGGGUGGAGGGGCGUUGUGUAUGGAACUGCUCACCAAACAGGGCUGGAGCAGCGCCUACUCCAUUGAAUCAGUCAUCAUGCAGAUCAAUGCCACCUUAGUCAAAGGCAAGGCCAGGGUGCGCUUUGGAGCAGAUAAGAAUCAAUAUAAUCUAGAAACAGCCCAACAGUCCUAUGACUCCGUCGUGCAGAUGCAUGAGAAAAAGGGCUGGUUCACUCCUCCAAAGGAAGAUGGGUAAAUAGUAGACUGUGGUGUAUUUGGAACAAGGUAGCUUUAAAGACACAAACAAGCUUUGCAUAUCUUUGUAACAGUAGUGCGGAAGAUAUUAGCUAAUUGGUGUUUUAGUGGAUAAACUGUCAACUGACCACCAGUAGAAGUCCCAACCUUUUCAUUUUGCUUACUGUGGGGGUCUUGGGCUGAACUGUGAGCCUUUACUGUGGUUUUCCCUGAUAAAUAAUCAUAGUGUCCAUUUUUUUGUCAUCAUCUGUUUUCCUUGAUUCCGUGAAAUGUGUUAAGUAGGCCAGUCAGUUGUGACUUUAUAAUUUUUGUUUAUUGGGCUAUUGGGGGAGGGGGGAUAAUGAGUAUUUACAAACAUUUGUUCCAUUUAGUGCCAAUAAAAGUUUUGCCAGUGUCCAAUCCUGGCUUAAAAGA